ACAAGGAAAACAUGUUUUUUUUUUUUUUUUAUCUGACUGUUGUAAACCUGUAGACAGGAGACUUUUGGUUUUUAGAUACUGAAACAUGCAGCUGAAAUGUUGCUGUUCACUUCUUUUUUGUGCAUUUUAAGAUUUUUAAAUUUCAGCCUGUCUCAUGCCUGUUUUUUUUUCUCAACCACAGAUGUCGUAAGCAUGUGUGUGCACUGAAAAACCCUCACUCCCACCUGAUAUACACUGAGAUCUCCUCGUGUUGACUUUUGAGCUUCAGCUGCAGCUCCACAAUAGAAAUAUACGGGUGAUUUGUGAUAUAUCCCCAAACAACAGGCCACAGGAACAAAGAGAAGCUAUUUUCCACUUUGACAGUGCAGUUAAUCAGAUCUAUUGAUGUUCUACACAUAAUUGUUGUAUUGUCCUACAGUUUAUAUAAGUGUUUUGCAGUUUGAAAGGUUUCCCUCAGAAGCUGAAGGCAAAUAGCCAUGUCAGCUCUGCGGACUCUCGCUUUUCUUGCUUUAAUUGGUGAGUUGUUAAAUUAAACUUAAAAUACUUUUUUUUAUUAAGACAUAAAACACAGUAAUUGGGAUUUAUUGGGAUUGAGAUGUGUAGGUUUUGUGUUGUAUCAGUUUCUGAGGGUUGCGUUUUCCUGGUCUCUAAAGGAUUUUUUUCCUCCUUCCCUGAAGGUAUUGCGAGCAGUCAGACUUCAGACUGCUCAUACGGAGGUCUCCUGAAUUAUUUAAACCUGACUUCAACAAACAAUGUUCUAGAAAUCACUCGACCUGUGAAAAACUGGACUACACCAACCCUUGUUCACCUGGACAUGCUGUUGUAUGGUAUUUUAGAAGUGGAUGAGAAGUCUCAAACCGUCACUAGUCACAUCUGGUUCCAAAUGCGAUGGCAAAAUGAAUUCCUUACGUGGAAUUCGUCAGACUUUUGUGGGAUAGACAUGCUGACCAUUCCAAGAUCAAGGCUGUGGAUCCCAGAUGUAACCAUCCAAGAGGAUGCCUCUGAUUCUGGGAGCAUUCAGAACAGUCCACUUAUCACUUUGAUUCCCAGCGGUUCUGUGUUGGCAAAGGGAAUACAGCGGCUGACCUUCACCUGUCAGAUGAAUCUCUUCCUGUUCCCCUUUGAUAUUCAACACUGUAGCAUCACAUUUACAUCCAUGAACUACAAUGGGGAAACUUUAAAACUAGCAACAACAACGAGUGACACAACUCUUACUUCAAUCUCUGAGCGGAUCAUGAUUACACAUGGAGAAUGGCAACUUAAAACCAUUGAGGUUUUUAAUUAUACUCCUACCCAAGAUAAUAAAAGUGAAAUCAAACUUGUAUACAUGAUCAAAAUCAUGAGGAAGCCAAUGCUUUAUGUGAUAAAUUUAAUCAUACCCCUGUUGUAUUUUCUGGUCCUGGAUCUGGCCUCUUUUUUCAUCAAUGAGGCCAGAGGUGAAAAGCUGAGCUUCAAAGUGACUAUACUCCUGUCCAUCUCUGUCUUACUGCUGAUCCUCCAGGACAUGUUGCCCUCCACUGAAGUCAACCUGCCAAUAAUCGCCACAUACUCUGUUACGAUUUUCACUUUGGUGGGGAUAAGUGUCCUGGAGGCCAUUCUGGUGAGCUUCCUAAUGGAGCUUGAUGAUUAUUGUGGUAAGAAGACUCAAAGCUCUGUUAAAACCCAAGUGGAAAUUCAGCUGGAAGCCGAUUAUCACCAGGAGCAUGUUGAAGUUGAAGAGAAAGGCCAGGUGAAUCCAGUUCCUCUGAACAGCCAGAGCGACCACAACCUGCUGAGACUAAUCCUGGAGGAAGUGAAGGCAGCUCGACAGGAAGCUGGAAGUCAAGACAAAGACAAGAGGAAGCCUGGACGAUACAAAAGACUGGCCGAAAUCACAGACUCUGUGUUCUUUGUCCUCUAUUUAUUAACUGUUAUCAUUUUUCUGAUAUAUAUGUAUAUAUUGUGGUGUGAGAACUGUAUUGCAAAUGAUAAUCAUUAGAUGAUGUGUGUUUAAUCAGCCAGUAUAUCCUCUUCAGUUUGACAACGAUUGGUUUUUAAAUAACCACGUAUCACCUGGGAUUUAACACAUGCAGUGAUCAAGUCUAUCUUUUUUCCACAGUUUCUACCCUGUGGAACUGUCAACCUAUAUACAAAUAAGCAUGAUUAUAGCGUGAAAAUGAUCUAGUUUGUUAUAAAUACCGGAUCUUUGGAAAAGCAAGGUUAAGUUAUAUGUUUUUCUGUUCAAAAUAAAGUUGAUUUUUGUUUAUAUCAGUGGCUUUGAACCAGAGUGCUUCUGACAUUUUACCUUAGACCACUGUUAAGCAGGGAAAGUGUGAAAGUUAUUGGGUGGGGAGGGGGGCUGAAUCUUACAUUUCAUCUUAUAAAAAAGCCUUCUCUAGCAUUA